ACUAGGAAACGGCUAAAACGUAAACAUUGGACUCGGUACAUAACGGCAGCUUAGCUAAAAAUAAAUGUUUAUUCUGUUUGCAUAAUGUAUUUUUAUUUAUAAGUUUGAAAAACGUAUAAGCGUUUUAACACAGCACAACAGAAGAAGUGAAUUGGGUAAGGAGUAUAUUAAGGCAGGCUAUACAAUGGAAAACUAUGAGGAAUUUAUCCAGAGACAAGCCAGCAGCAUCUGGAGAAACGUCCCUGAAAAGUCUGAACCAGAAAAAAGCCAUCCGUCAUCGACGAUAAGAUUCUACGGCUUGCCCAUUCUGCCACCGCUGUUGAACAAAGAUCAAAAGGAACAAAUGAAAAGCCUGAGAGAAGAAGCCUCUAAUCUUGGAAAUAAGAGGAAAACAUCGUCACUGUCUCGGGUGUCUUAUGUACAGGCCAUAUUAGAGAGUGUUCAGCUGCGAAAGGUUCCAACCAUUGAAGAAUUUAAGGAUGAGACAGGACCAGAAAAUCCAUUAACCACUAAAUGCCAAAGUAUCACUUCCAUCCCUGGAGGUAGUAAAAAUGAGUACAGUACAGCUUCUGAAAGCCACUGGAAUCCACCCUCGUUAACUCUUACUCAACAAAUGCCUAGUAAGAAAAUGGCAGUAAUGGAAAAUCACCCUCUGACAUCUACAGCUUGUGAUGGUCAUACUGCUUUAAGCCUUGGACUGUUUGAAGGAGAAGAUUCUUUAGAAAGCAGCCACACAACUGUUCUGUUUGGAGGUCUUCCUGUGUUUGGUCACAGGCUAGAGCGAGCUGUGGAGAUGAACACGGAUUAUGGAUUUGACUUGUCCUCACUAUCUUAUUCAGAGAAACACUCCUGUAUAGAUGCUAGUCACCAAGGACUGUCAUCUGGAUAUGUGACCAAUGAAACCUCUGACAUCACCACUAGCUGGAUUAAUAGAACGGAGAACAUCAGAAAAGAUCCAGAGGGCAGACAUUUACAUGGUGGUGAAGUUAUGUUAAAUUCCUCAAACCUGUCUAAUAGGACUGGUGACAUCAUCAAUCACACUCCAGUGGAUGGAGAAGUCCUGGAGGAGGAGUGUGUAGUCUUGAACAAUGCACAGAUUGAUGAGGUUACCGAAUCAGUAAAUUUAGCAGUGGGGCCAGAGCCAGCUGAAGAACCUUACCGCAUGAGUCUGCAGAAUCUUUUGAAGAAAUCUCAAGAGCACCGGCGGCGUCAGCGCCUCCUGCGUAACCAAGCAAAGGCUUUGAAAGCCAGCGAAGCUGGACACGUCAGUGAACACAGCCUCUCUGAUAAGGAAAAUGAGGGAUGCUUGCCAGGGGACACUGGGAAUACUGUGGUCAGGAGAGCCAGUGAAAACCGGGGGGAGGAUCAUUUAGCAGAUCAUGAUCUCCAGACAAACAAACAAAGUGGAGGGCGAGAGAUUGUAGAGCCUUGUGAAGUUGUCUGCCAACACACAGAUUGCCUUAAUCUCACUUCAGCCUCAAACAGCACGAGCUGUACAAAUGGAAAAGCAUCAGCUUUCUCAAACCGUCCAAAUAUAGCCGUCAAUCCCACUCAGUCCACUUCAGCAAAAUCUCUUUACCAGUCCAAGGGCAAGAAAAUGGGCAGCAUGCUGCCCAGACCUUGCCUAACAGGAAAUAAAAAAUUUAAGAAUGUCCCAACUCCCAAGUUUUGCUUAAGCCCAGUGCGCAGUAAAAAAGGCAGUGCCACGUUCUCCUCGGUCAGAAAGCCCCUGGUCAAGACGAAGGUCUGUCUGGAUGACGAAGUAAGGCCAAAUCCAUGUGGGCAAAGCAAAAGCAGAGCCGUGAGGCUCCUGUCAGGGACUGAGGGAGGUGCAUCUUUGUGCAAGAGCAUGGAUCAAGCUAAACAGAUCGCUCAGCUGGAGCUUAACCUGUCAAGCCUUAAAGUUCUAAUCUCCGAUCUGGAGUCUACACUUGCAGAGUCACAGGCACACAGUCCCACCGAGGCAGCCAACAACCCUCAGCAAACCCUGCUUUCGGAACACGAAAGCACCUGUCUGCCUGCUAGUGAUGGAAAGUCUCCGUGUGUGGUUACUUUUAGUAAGACUGUGCAGCAGAAAGUCCUUGCUAAGGAUCAUGGGAUACAGCCAGGGAAUAAACAGCAUGAGUCACUACGUGCCGCCACUCCGGUGCACAAAAUGAGGGUGCCAGAGGCAUUCUGUACUAUCAAUAGUUCAAAGCAGCUCUCUGAGAGAACUGCUGUCCUUACAAAUGCCAACAAUCGGCUUGAAGAGAGGAAGAAUGCCUCGGGCGGCAAAAAGAAAGCAUCUGAAAACAUGGAAAACUCCCUAAAUGGCUCAUCUCUGAAUCGGUCAUAUGAUGUGGACACACCCUCAGGACUAUGGUCCCAGUCUGGGCCCAGAGGGAAGCAGCUGACCUCAGAGCUGUGUGGACAAGAGGGGGUGUUGCAUGCCAAACGCAGGCUACAGAUGAACAUUGUGGACGGGAACACGUCGGGCCAACAGAGUGAUGAGGAACGCUCUCAGUCCAGUACACCUAAAGUGAUGCAGAGGCCCAUGCAGGAGCUACAGCAGAUGGAUGAGCAUGACGUGCAGGUCACAGCUCUGAUGGAGGAGCAGCGCAGACAACACCACGAGCUGCUGCAGUCUCUGGCGAUGAAGUACCAGUUUCUCCGGAGCGUGUCCUUCCCAUGUCCCAGCUCAGGAUCACGUCUGGAGGACAUGACAACCUCCUGUCUCUCCUCCUCCCCUGUUUCUGUGGGGCUGGGCUCUUCUUCCCAUCCACAUGAACUCAUGCUGUCUGAACUGAGUGCUUUGUCAGAUUCAUUGCACAUUUCACAGUCCCGUCUCCCUCGGUGUUAUCGCCCCCUGGUGGCAGCAGCUGUGAAAGGCUACCUGACCCGCAGGCUUCUUCGAACAGAGAAAGUAGCUCAGCUUAUCAGAACCAUUAAGGACACUCAGCUGUUCCUUCAGGGCAUUCAGCCUCCCACACCAGGCAGAGAGUAUGGCAGCAAACAAGACCGAGUCCUACAAGAGAGAGUCACACUACAGUUGCGCUCAGCACGUUACGACUUGUACGACCUCUUCUUCAGUGGGAGUCCUGCAGAGCGCAUGCAGGUGAUCAGAUGGGACCGACAGCUGAUCAGAGAGAGAGAGCUCAGACGUAAGGAGAGUACAGAGCUGCAGGGCAGAGGGAAAGGUUCUCUGUCUGCUGCCACGAGGAAAACCCUGGAGAGGAAGAGGACAAUAAUGUUACAGAAGAAAGUGGCAGAAAGGACAAAGCCAGCAGUGGGUGCAGAGGAAAGAUGGACGUUUGUGCCAAACCCACGCAGAGUUCCAAAGAAGACUACUCCAUUACGGCGCAGGUGAAGCGCUUCCACUUCUGCUGCACACGCAGAUGCCAACACAGCAUGGGGCCUUGCUAGAAUAUCACCGUGCCAUGUUUAAUGACACAAUGCCUAAUUUAUUUAUUUAUUUUUUUAAACGUUAGGUGUCAAUUUGGAAGAGUUUCCUAUUUAUUCAUCUUGCCAAGUUUAUUGUGAAACGUGGGGAAAAUACAACUGGAAAUUGACAGUUUAAUGUAGUUUAAAAAAAAAAAAUUUAACUAAUGUUAAAUUGCUUCUUAUCUUGUUUUGUAUUUGCACCUGUCCACUUUCUAAUAAAGGAUUGUGCUAACA